AACUGCUCGGGUUGCACAUUUUGAGUCAUUUUCCCAACUGAGCCAUUUCCCUCUCCACACGGAUGCGAGGCAUAAGACGCUUAAUGCAAAUGUCCCAAAUAAACACGGGGGUAGUGGAAACGAAUAUAUGAUAAUAAUCGAAAAAGAGUUUUAAAAAAAAAAACACAAAGGAGAGAAAAAAACAAACUGGUAAGCGAACGAGUAAAAAAUGAUGAAAUCAAUCGUGUCGCUGCUUCUCCUGUUGGCUAUCGCCUUCACCCAAAUGGUUAGACUCCAAAGAACGAACGAUGUCCCUUUGAUCAAUUACCAAAUGGUCCCUUCGCAAAGAAAGAAGGAUCCAUUCUGCUUCGAAAAUAUUACAAGGAAUUUUACACGUCAGUAUGAAGCCGAGUCUGGGGAAUCUCCCCCGGAAAAGGAAACUGAGGAUACACCUCCCUCUGAAAAGGCAGAAAUGGGUGACCAGGACGAAGCGAGUAACACCUUCGACGUAAACGGCCCUAUACAAUUAAUUUAAAUUUUGUGGAAAGGAACGAAAAAAAAAAGGGUCAAUCUGUUUUGUCACUGUGUUGUGGUGUUCGCGUGCACAUAUACGUGCAGCGCUUGUUUUGUUCCAUUUGUUUUAUUCAUUUAUUUAUUUAUUUUUAUUUUUUUUUUUUCACAUUUUGGCACGUUAACGUGGUAACAGUGUGACAUGCAAACGUUUUCACAUGCUGACGUUUCUUGACAUCCACAUGUGGCAUUGCGCUUUACUAUUUGC